ACCACUCCUGAGUCACGAAGCAGUUAAGGAAUAGCCUGCCCCACUGGCUGCCGUGCUCAUAAAGCUGGAUCCGCGUGUACUUCCUUGUGGCUCCAGACAGCCUGACGUCUCCCUCGUUCGCUCACACCCAGCGGCCAGCCGGCGCGGGCGGCAGGAGGCAGAACCGCCACCCUCCCAUGCAAAUCAGCCCCAGGGGUGCAGCCGGGUUUCUCCCGCUGCUGCAGGGCAAUGCUCCUGGGGAGGCGCUGGGGAAGAUGCAGCCUGGGGCGCUGUGUACUCUUCCUUGUGCUGGCCCUGCUGCUCGACGCCGUGGGCCUGGUCCUUCUGCUGCUGGGCGUCUUCGCCUCCCUCGAUUACUGGGACUUCUUGGUCUACACGGGGGCCCUGACCCUGGUGUUCAGCCUGCUCUUCUGGAUCACCUGGUAUUCCCUCAACAUCGAGGUACCUCUUGAGAAGCUGGACUUGUAGUUUGGCCGUGGGCACAGGAGGAGGGACGCAGGCUCCACAGGCAGCUGGCCGUGAACCUGGGGCUGCUGCGUGGCUGGAGGGGUAGGGGCGUGUUUCCACUCCCACCCAGAACGCCCCACGGGGGAGCAGGUGAGUGCACAUGGGGCCCGCCUGGCAGGGUGGCUGGAGAGGCUGAGAAGGAACUGGAAGCCUGCACCCCGGCUGGGGGCUCUGCCCACCUGGGUGGGCACCUGUGGUGGCCACAGGCUGUCCUCUCCCCCUCCGGGGCCCGU